GUUUACCAUUUUGACUUAGUGUACCGAUUUGCUGCACUUUGAAUUUGGAACUUUUGCAGUUAUUAUUUUUAAACAUUUUAUAUAAUAUAAUGAAUUAACACAUUAAUAAAUGAAUCAAUGAAUCAUGAAUCAUCAUUAUCAGAUAUUUACAUUAUGUGUCUUCGUGUUUACGAAGUAUCAAAUCGUAAGUUGACAAAUUUACCUAGAUUAAUAAAUUUGGAAAUAAUUAUUUAAUUUAACUUGAUUUAAUAUAGAAUGUGCUUAGAAUUUAAACUAUAAUCUAUACAUAGAAAUUUGAAAUGGAAAUCUUUGUCAUGCAUGUUCUCAGUUAAAACUACUACACCAAUUUGUACGCGAUUUUUCGCAAAAAGAUCCGCAUUGUGCGGAGAAGGUUUUAAACUAUUUAAAUCUUCGAUUAAACCAGUAGAAGUAGUAAACCUAAACCGCAGUAAGUUGGGCCUGAUACAAAAUAAUACUUUAAAGGUCUCUAUUUAAGAAGAAUUCGGUACGACGUUUAUUAUAGGUACUUAAGAGGCAUUGAGAACUUGGGGUAUUUUCGGAUGAGAUUUUCAUCCUCCCCAGAGACAUAUGACUAGUGCAGGAUGAAUCUAUAAGUAAAUUAAGCACUGCUUAAGGCCUCGUACAAAUUCAGCCCGCACAAUUUUUUUUUCUAUUGUUAAAAUUGUCAUCGACUGAAUUAUGACAAUGCCAGCAACAUGAACAAUAAUCUGAUAAGCAAGCAGGAAUAAAAAAGUGCAAUUAAUUUAUUGAUUACAUCCCAUGUAUUGUGCAUUCGCUAAAUCUCGUUGGACGUUGGACAAUUUGCUGUAGAUUGUUGCAUUGUUGUUUUAUUUUUUUUCUCUUUAUGGCCAUUGAAGCCUGUCUGACUUAUUUGCUUAUAGCCAGCGAAGCACUUAAUCCGGCACUACAUAAUACGAAUUUUAUAAUAUUCGUAGACUUGGUGUGAUUUAGGUGGACUUGGCCAUCUUAAUUAUGUUUAAAUGAUUUCACAUUUUGUUAGGUACCAGAAUUAGUAACAUAAUGAAACACUCCAAGUAUACUUGGUUAAUGUUUGAAAAAAAAACCUUCUUUUUGGGGUUAGGUUUUAUCACUAAUAUUAAUAAUAUUAAUAUAUUAUAUUAUGUUCUUUUUUUUAUUUUUUAUUUUACUCGUGUCUAUAGGUUCAAGGAUGGUUUUUCAACAAUCCAUACGGCGACAUCGCCAGCGCGAACAUUUAUAACCAGCAAUCACCGCCCGGUUAUCAUUUUGAAUCAUUAGCCGAGAUAGAGCAAAACUAUGAUCCGAAUACGUAUUCGAUAGUACCUUUAGACCAAGCGUUGAGUAUGUACACGUACGGUACCACUGCUAAUGCUUUGGGUAGUAGAAGUCAAGAUGGUACUGGAGGGAAUCAUAAUGGAGGAGUUGAUAAGAGAAAGAAACGUGGCUAUUUCCCUUCGUUAAGCUUACCGUACUUUACAAACAACAACACACCUACAAGUACCUCGACUAUUACCACUACCGCCAAUAUAGCUGAAGACGCUUCCACUAAGAAUGUCAAUGGCGUUCCCGUCAACACUAACAAGGCUGAUAAUACGUUCGUUUCCGAAACUACGGCCAUCGAUGGUGCCAAAAACCAGGGCUUCAACGCCAAAGCCGAAACGGAAGCUAUGCACUUCCUCGAUUUCGGCGAAGGCAUAAAAAACUACGUUUCAACUGGCACAGAGGCCACUAUUACGGACACCGCGGCCGUUACCAAAAAUACCAUAGACACAGUGAGCGCUAAAACUCAGGGAGUCAUCGCCAAUACCGAAUCGGCAGUGUCGACUGCCAUAAGCAUAGGCGAAGAUAUAGAACACGGAUUGGUGAUUAUCGGCCCAUACUUGCCCCUGGUGUACAAAGUGGCCAUGUACAUUAUACCGAGUUUGACGCCGUACCAAACAAUCCAGUUGUCGUGGGAAGUCUCGCAAAUCAUGGUCGAAGCGAUGAAGAAUUACGAGGAAGGAGAGAGCUUGACAAGAGUGACCGCCGUAGCUGCGGCCAAAAUAGCCUACGACGCUUAUUUGGUACGUACCUGUAUACGCAUAACUUAUAUUUCGAUUUUAUUAUGACCGGUUUCGACUGGAAGCCAUAAGUAAUUCGCAGAAAAUAACGGAAAAUUUCUUAUAAUAUACCAUCGUUUUUUAAAAUUUAUAAAAUAUCGCCAACUUUUGAAAUUAAUAAAAUCAAAUUAUUGACCUUGGAUAAUAUUUUGAUAAAAAAAAAUAAUGAUUUUAGCUAACUCUUCGACGUUUCUCAUCAUUUCACAUUGCUAUGAAUGAGGUUUUAUAUAAUGUAUACAUACUUAUAAAAUAAUAACAUUCAUGACAAGUUAACUGGCUUGAGCAUUAUAGGUAAUAAACUCUCACUGAAUUCGCUUUAUACGCCAUGAGUGUUAAAUUUAAUUUAGAUUCUGAGCGGAGCGAUGAAUGUAUUGGUUUUAGAAUGAUGUUUUAAAAUGAUAACACUUUUUCUAAGAGGAAAUCUGACUGGGAAGGUCAUUUUUUUAUUCUCCUAGGAGUUUUCCUAAUAAAUAGAAAAAACCGGAAAAAACGAAAAAAUAGGUACAAUAUUAAAUAAAUAUUAUUAAAGAAAAUAUAUCAUGCAUAUAUAAUUGUUUAACCAUUAUAUAAUAUAUAUAUAUAUAUAUUACAUAGUUAAAUAUUAUAUAUUAACUAUAUAUAUAUACAUAUAUAUAUAUUGUUGACGAAGCAACACUUUCAACCGAAUUCCGCUCAGAAUCAUUUUUUCGUUCGCAAUCGUUACUCACAGAUAUACAUUAAAUUAUUUAUAACAGUGGCUAUAUCCAUCCCCAUUAUCCUUGGACAGCUUUUUAUUAGUUAAUUUAUUCAGGUUUUUAAUUCUUGAAAGUUAAAAUAAGAGUUAAAAACAACUCUCAUUUUAUUACACAUCUGAGUAGAAAAUCUAUUUUCAUUAAAAAUUUUACUAACGCUGACAGAAAUAUAGAUGAGUUUCAAAUUUAACCAGUGGCGCCAAAACUUAUUUUAAGGUUUAGUAUCAUAUUAUGUCGGUAAAAAGCUUCGGUACAAAUAAUACAUUUUUCAAAGUCAUCGCUACUUGGAUUUAAUUUAAUUAUAAAACCCUUAAAUUUUUAUUAAACACGGAUUCAACGUAAAUUUAUCAAUACAAAAUUUGAUAUAGUAUAAAUAGUAAACAAAAAAUUAACAUUGUUUAAUGAAAUAACGACACGGCUAUAAUAUUAUUCUGUUGUCGUGCACCGCAAACAUUCAAAACUUGCAUCGACGAAACCUGGAAACAUAAUAAAUUGGAUGUCAUAACAAUGUUCAUCACGUAAAAUCGGACUUUAAUACUAAAUCUAGUAUAAAAUAAUAUGGAGUACGAAAUACCUACAAUAGUCCAACAAAAUAAUAUUUUUUUCUUAUGAAAAACAAAGAUGUACCGAGUACUUCGUCAUAAAUGAUCAUUGUUCCAUAAGUGCGAUAUUUAUUCGUGGUGAAUAUUGUUUUAAUGUAUCCUAAAGUGAAAAGGAAAACAAAAACGAAUUUAAUUAUAAUGGUAAUAAUGAUUACAAUAAUAAUAAUUAUAUUAUUAUGUAGUAAACAGUGGCCUGCCCAGAUGGGGUGAGAUUGGGGGCCGUACUCUCUUCCCCACAAGGUGUCUUUCGAAUACAACAACUAUGCGUAACAAAGUUAUUUGUUUAGUAUACCUAAUUACUGCAUAACUAUUUUUUUUUUUCGGCAAAGUUAAAAGGGAAAAUCGGAUAUCGGAAUUCGGUUAUUUGUAGAUCCGGCUUUGAAAUUCAUAUCGUAAAUUCAGAACAGAGAAAAAGAAAUCUGUAAGAUUUGUUUGAAGAUUACAAAGGAUUACAUCCUCUAUCGUAGGAAAUACCUGGACACGCCACUGGUUGUAUACAAGUUUAUUACCACAUAACUACGUCACGAUAAGAUUUGGAAUUAGCUUCUUCCGUGGGCUGAUCGUUUUUGAUGAUGCUAGUUCUAAAUACCCUCGUUUGGGUGCCCGGGAAACGGUGUCAAAAGAACACGAUCGUUUCCUUUUUAUAGUCGCAGGCGUUACUAUGACGCCACCUUCCAAUUUUAGACGUUUUGUUCUAUUUUCAACUUGGUUUGUGAACUCAUUCGGUAAUUCCCGUUUGAACGGACGCCGUCCCGUCAAUGACAAUGUACUGUUCAUUAAAUCGAUAAUGGCCCCUUCGUAGUCAAUUUUUUCAACCGUAUCGUUCGAUAAUUCAACAUCAACAUUUCCUAAUAAUACAACGGAAUGUUUAAUUUUUGUAAAUAAAACCGAUUGGAACUUGCCAGUUUACACAAAUUGUUUACUAAUCAGCGAUGGUUUUUUAGAAUUAAUUCGUGAUUAUACGAUUUAACGAUAUCCUAUUCUGUAGAAGUUUCAUUCGUAAAAUCAUCUAUGCAUUCAUCAAUAAACUCACCGUUUACAUUUAGCGAACCGUUUUCUUCCAUUGCAACAACAGAUUCUAUAUAGUUAACACUAUUUAUUAGUCUUUUUAUGUAGUCAUUCGCAUUUUUUACUGCGUUCCAAGCUUUCAGGAUUUUAAUAGUUAUCUUUCCAACUUCUUUACACUUCUUAAUUAAUUCUAAAUAUAUUAUAAAGAAAAUCAAUUAUAGGUUAUGAAUAAAAUGGCUAUUAAACACUUUAUGAAAUAUAAUUCAUUUUUCACUUUGAGUAUCGGGCACUUUACUGGAAACUGCAAGACUCAUGAACAGAAUGAUAUUAUGGGUGAAUCCUAUAAUAUCAAUCGGUUCAGAUGAAAUGGUGUUUAUAAUAUUUCCUUUAAAUGAAGAUACACGUUCUUGAAAAAAGAAAAAUAUUUAUUAGAAACCAAAUAGAGUUAAAAUUUAAUUAAAUGGCAUACCGGGUGAUCAACUAAUUGAUUAGAACUGUGGAUAGUUCAGCAUAGUAUGUGCGUCUUUUACAAUUUUAAGACAGGAUUCUUAAAAAAAAAAUUCCAUUAUAGCCACUUAAAUUUUAAAUUUUUAAGAAUAAUAAAAAAUAUUUAUUCUUAUACACUGACCAAACCAUGGAGCAUUUUCCAAAACACGUAUUUCAUCAGAAUGAAAUGCUAAUUCUAAACAAUUUUUUACCGAUUCGACUUCCGUUAAACUCUUUUUUAGGUACUGAACUUCUCUUCCAAGCUCCUGUUUAAGAAAAUCGUAUAUUAUUUGUUAUUGAUUGUAAAGUACAUAAUAUUAUAUAAAUUAAUCCAAUUUAAUUAUAAAUUUACAUUAUUAUGGCAACUGACAAAAUCCACUAUAGUUUGAAGUCUUUUUAUUUCUGCCUCAAACGUCACACUACUAGAGACCGUGUAUAAUUCACCAUUAACCGUCAUGUUCGACAUGAUGUUCAACGUUAGAUUUCUACAAAAAUGAUUAUAAUAUGUUUUAUUAAAAUAGACAGAAAACUAUUAUUUUAUUAUUAGCUUUCUUUCUGAGCUUUGCUCAGAAUCUAAAAAAUAUACACAAUAGUUAAACUAAUAUGUUUCUCACUUCACUGAUUUCAAGAAAAUGCAAAUUUUUUAAAUUAUACAUUUGACGGAGGCGAGUGAAACACCACAAUAUAUGGGAACACAUAAUAUUAUCACGUUCUCUUAAAAGUUCUUUAUUGAUAAAAAAAAAAAAUAAAUACUUACGACGGUGGAAAAUCUGUAACUAUGAAAAUUGUCAAUUGACACACAGAAAAAAAUAUUAAAUUAUAUGAAAAUGUUUUAUAAAUAUUAGAAACUUGAGAAACACCUCUGAAUUAUAAAUAGUAAACAAAUUGUAAUGAUUAACAUAAAUUAAUGAUCAACGUAUAAGAAAGUACGCAAAAACAAAUUUUGUGUAUAGAAAAAACUAUAUGUGCCAAGAAAUCGUAUAAGCAUACAAUGAAUAAUAUCAAGAUUUGCAAAUCGCUGUAUACAAAUUUUUCGCGUUAGGUACCCGUGACGACCGAAUAAAUAAUAUUGUUAUAAAUAUCGAAUGUUUGAUCGGCGUGCCGUAAUAAAAUAUUUGAUUUUUAUGUACGCAUAAUAAUAUGAAUUACCGUCUUACCGUUAUAUUGGACUUUUUCGAAAUCCAAAAGAGAAAUUGUAAACUUUUGUCCGUUAAACGAUACAGAAUAAACGUUAUGAAAUAAUUCUGGGUUUACCAUUUUUUUUUCACUCGACCGAGAUAAAAUACUAGAUAGGGUCAAACUGUAUUCCGAUCAAACCCAAGUAAUCGCCGAACUGCACUCGGGUCAAAUAGGGGAUUUCGACAAAAUACUCUUAAUUCGAAAGUUUUUUACCUACUAAACACACUUCCUACUAAACAUAUUUGCAAUUUUGAUUACAUUUCAGUCGGAAAUGUUAUUCAAAAUCAAGUAUUGUCUGUAUGAACGUGUAAUGUGAACAUGAAAACGGUUAGAGAGGAAUUCAAUGUUAAAAACCUCGAAAAGCACAUUCUUGAUACUUAUACUAUUGAUGUAUACAAAAUUAUAUCCCCUGGUUUUAUUUUGGGUUUCAUCUGUACACAUUUUCUAUUAGACAUUUCGAAUCGAUCAUCAACUUUAGGGUUGGUUUAUAAAAGCAAAUGUUUUCUAGUUAUUGGUGAAUUAGAGAGGACUUGUUUAAAAUAUUUGUUAUACACAAUCUAAACGUACAUAAUGAUAUUUUUAUUUUAAUUAGAAUACUUCACAGUACAAAAUAUAUAACAAUGUAUAGAAAGUUUGUAUUACACACUAUAAUUUUAAUGCAAAAGAAAAAUGGUUCAAUACAGUUUUAAAGCAAAGUUAACCUUGUGUGGUAAUUUAGAAAAUAUAUUAAUUAUUUUUUCAAUAUUUAUUGGGAUACAUCGGCGGACUUACAAUAAAGUUAAACCUGUUAUACGAUCUUUACCAUAACUAUUCCUCCAAUAUAGGUUUUUAUUUGUCUUAGAGUUGAAAACGAACAUUCUGCUGAAAAUGUAUACUGCCUCAUGUUGACACUAGGAGUAUUGCAAGUAUGCAAGUGACUUUUUUUAAUAAUUAAAUAAAUAAUUUGAAUCAAAGUUUGGUUGCCAAACCUAAUGAAUACUUCAUUACAGAAACAAAAUCUUACUUUAACCACAAUUUCAGAUAUAAAAUGGGUUAUAUUUAAUUACUGGAGCCUCUUGAAAUGUGUUUCGCCCGACUACAUUUUGAGGAUUUCGGCGCCACUGAAUUUAACUCUUAAAGCGUACAUGGAUAAAUUUCACUGAAAAUAGCUUGCUGAUUAACUUGUAAAUUUUAACAUUUAUUAAAACAAUGUUACCGCACAAGAUUUGUAUGCAAUAUCUUUAAAAAUAUAAUUACUUACUUCCUAAAAAUCCCAGUUUAGUAUAAAUUAUAAUACAAUUAUAAAGUAAGUAAUAGUAAUAAUAAUAAUAAUAAUAAUAAUAAUAAUAAUAAUAAUAUUUAAAACAAAAUAAACCACUAGCUAACGAUGGUCUAGCUAUCGAGGCUUCAACUUUAAUUUAAAUAAAAUAAUAAUAUAUUGUUGUAUUUUGUUUUUAGCGUAAACGCGAUACAGGUGCUACAAUCAUUAACAAUGAUUUUACGGCUACUACAGGCCCUGCUACGAUUACUGAGUAUGCUACUGAUAUUUACGAAAAGUUAAAAGACAUGUUUAAUGAUAAAAGUGGAACCAGUCCGUUGUCGAUAUUUUCCGGUAUGAAUCCGUCGCCGGAUAACAACAACAUAGUUUACGACGCAAACGGUGAAAUUGCGCAUAUCGUCGCACCCAAUAGGCAACAUAAAUAAUUUUUAAUAAUUUUGAAACUAUAGGAAAAUCAGUCGAAACGAAAACGUUCGAUAAUGGCGCUGAAAUAUUGCAUUCGUCAGACAAUAAAAUACUAUUACGCGAACCCAGUUGGAAAUUAAACAAGGUUAGAGAGCUCGACAGUCAGAUCCCGAAACUUCAAAACAAUUAUGAAAAGCCAUCCGAUGAUGAUGAUGAUAAUGAUAAUGAUGACGAAAGUGAGGGAAAGGUCGUCCGUAGUGUAAAAACCAACAAUGACAACCUGAGCACAAAUGCCAAUAUAGAUAAAACCCGCUUUGACGAAUUGCUAAAUGAAUCUAUGAAAUAUCAAGUAAGUUGUGAUAUAUAAACGGUUAGUAUUUUCAAAAUUUGUGUAUGCUUUAUCCCUACACCGUUCAAAAUUAUAAUUAUUAUCAUUUUAAAUAUAUUAUGGAUAAUUUACGAUUCCAAGAAUGUUCGAGUGGUGAAAAUGCUAUUAAUUACUUAUUUCGGUUCAAAUGGUUUAGGAUUGGACAUGCUAUGUCUUGGCUGAAUGAUUUUUUUAAAUUUAAUAUUUUAAUUUUUUCCAUGAAAUAUGUGUGUUUCAAUCUAAGUAACUUAUUUUCUCUUAAUUUCGACCAAUAAUAAUACUUAUUAACAAAUUAAAAUAUCAUAAAAAUGAUUCGGUUAAUGCACAGGAAAUACUGUUCUUUAUAAUUGUAUUAGUUUAUUUAUUGUCUUAAACUCAACCAGAGAAUCGCAAUCGUUGCAGCGCGAAACGUAUUUUGUUGAUAUAUUACGCGGGAGAUAGACGGAGAAAACAAACUACGCACCUAUGUGCAAAUAGGCCCGUAACGCUGAAAUGUAUUACUUAUUAUUACCUAUAUAUUCGCCUGUUUAAUUAUUUUUAGCCCAGCUUCAUACGAAACACCGACGGCGAAGUGUUGGUGGAACAACUAAGUAAUAAGAAAUCGAAAAUACCGGCGUCGGUCAACGUGGACAGCGGCGCAAGAUUCGCCGCUUUAACAAGCACGAUGGAAUUCACCAAAGACGUGACCGACGAUCAAAUUAACGAAUUAGUUAACCUUAUGUCUAAAGCCACGGAUUAUUUCAUACUCAAAGCUAUUCGCGAUAAAAAAUCAGCGAACCGUGUUAAAAGCUAAUUGUUUUUGCAUUCAUUUUUACUGUCAAUCGAAUUUAUCCAUAUCUAUUUAUUAUUAUAUUAUAAUAAUAUAAAAACAAAAACAAGACCCUCUGCGAAUAAUACAUAAUAUACUGUGUGUAUUGUCGCACACACAAACGCAUUUCCCCAAUUUGUCAGUAGGUGUUGUACUUGUAUUGCGUAUAGGCAUAUUGUAAUAAUAAUAUCGAUCAGCCGGAUAGUUAAUAUAAUUAAAAUUUUACUUGAAUAAUUGACCAUGGUUAAAAUAAUAAUGUUUUAAUUUAUUCAGUAAACAGUAAACACCUUAAAGAAUGUUAUAAUAGUAAAAUUGUUUAAAUUAAGCGACUUAUAAAAACCAUGAUUUUCAGUUAAUGCAUUUUUUUUUUUUUUUAAUUUGGUUUUACCAUAUAUUUUUCUGUAUAUUAUACAAGGUCCGAUUAUUUAAUUUGUUUAUUCGAAUGAAAGUUCUCGUACGGACAAACCAAUUCAAAACUUGAAGUUGUAAAUUUUGAAACUAUAACUGUAAUUUAGUUGGUAAGUCUGAGACCACAGGGGGGGCGAUCGCCUCCAUCGGCCCCCCCUGAACCUUUUUUUUUCUUUUAUCUUACAUAAGCACGAAAAAACGAUUCCGAGCGGAUUUCAGUUGAUAGUGAUACUUUGUCAACACUAUAUAUGUCAUAUUAUGGUAAAAUAAUUAAAUAUGCAUUAUAUAUUUUCUUUAAUAA